AUGACUGAGCAGCUCUAUUUAAGGACAGCAUUGCUUACCCCCUCGAGGGGUACGAGACUAGAAAAGGAUCACGUCUUCUGCGCGCUGACCGUGGCUCGCAGAUACAAAACGCACGGUCGAGACAGCCAAAAACGAAAACACACACUCUGUUCCUCCUCCUCCACCUCCUCCCCGCCACCCCAUCCCACAGGUUGGUGGGGUGAGUCCGCUUACCCUGGCAGCCUAGAAUGUUUGUUCCCUUUUAGAUAAUCCCAGGAACAACCGACCUGAACGGAUGACUGCGGUAGUGGCUCGGGAGCUGGUGCAUUACAAGGUGGACAUUACUGCACUCGGCGAAGCCCGGUUCUCCAAACAAGGCCCACCGGAGGAGGUUGGUGCCGGCUACACCUUCUUCUCAAGGCAGAGCAACGGGACACGAGCGUCGCCUUUGCCAACCGGAACGACAUCGUGGGAUGACUGUCGUCUGCCGCAGGGCAUCAACGACCGUCUGAUGAGCCCCGGCCUGCCUCUCCGGGGAGACAAAUUCGCCACUAUCGUCAGCAUCUACGCUCCCCACAUGACCAGUCCCGACACUGCAAGGAAUUAAUUCUACGAAGACCUGCAUGUACUCCUGGCAACUGUGCCGACCGCGGAAAAUUUGAUUGUCCUUGGGGACUUCAAGGCCCGCGUCGGCACAGACCAUGCAGCCUGGAGAGAAGUGCUAGGUCCCCAUGGUCUCGACUGUUCCAAUGACAAUGGCCUGCUCCUCCUACGAACCUGCACAGGACGCCGUCUCAUCCUGACCAACACCUUCAUCCGCCUACCAACGCGAAAGAAGACCACUUGGAUGCACCCUCGGUCGCGACGCAGGCAUCUGCUGGGAUACGUUCUUGCCCGGAGGCGAGGCCUACGGGACGUGCUGGUGCCUAUGGGCGGACCGACCAUCAUCUCGUUAUCUCCAAUAUGAGGAUUCGUCUACAGCCACGCAGGAGAACUCAGAGUAAACGACCCCGUGGCAAGUCGAAUAUUGCUUUGUUGUCUUUGCCUGCUCAUCAUCUCCAUUUCAGCAAUGAGCAAGCACAACGACUAACUGACCUUCCAGUCACCUCCGCCGUUGACGAGGACGAGGAAGACGACGACGACGACGACGACGACGACGACGAAAACGCCUCCGUGGAGAACGGGUGGUGUCAGCUGAGGGACAUGGUCCGAUCAACCGCCCCAGCUGUCCUCGGCCUUGCACGUCGCCAACAUCAGGACUGGUUCAACGACAAUGACGCAGCCAUCAGCAACCUACUUGCCAACAGAAGAAUCUUCUGCACAAAGCCUACUUCAAUCACCCAACCGACGACAAGAAACCAGCCUUCUACCGCAGUCGCCACAUUGUACAACAGCGGCUCCACGAGAUGCAGGACCCCUAAACAGUUGACAAGGCCGGUGUGGUCAAAGGGUAUGCGGGUUGCAACGAAUGGGAGAACUUUCUCGUUGCGAUUAAAGCUGUUUACGAUCCCAUAGUCAAAAGAACCGCUACUCUUCUCAGCGCUGACGGAACUACCCUACUCACUGAGGAGACUCAGAUUCUACAGCGGCUGGCCGAACGCUUCAGAGGCAUCAUCAACCGUCCCUCCACCAUCUCCGACCCUGCAAUCGCCCGUCUGCCUCAAGUAGAGACCAUUGCCGACCUCGACCUCCCACCCUCUCUCCACGAAAUCAUCAGGGCCGUGCAGCAGCUCUCCAACGGGAGAGCGCCCGGAUCGGACGUGCUCACUGCUGUGGUCUACAAACACGGUGGUCUUCAACUCAUUUCUCAUCUUACGGCGCUCUUCCAGUAG